GUAAAAAUGAGCAGGAUUCAAAACUUAGUUUAACAUUGUGCAGCCAUAAGCUAGGAGAAGUUUUGAUCUGUCUUCAGUGACAAAUAACUGGCUCACUCUUCUCUCUGGCCUAGGACAACGCAUCAAGAGGGGAACAUAGACAAUGUUGCAGUGACACCUUCUGGUCACCCGAGGGCCCCCUUGAGAAAAUCCACAGGCACUUCCUCUUGAAGACUUAAAAAGGCCUUGGGGCCUAGGUAGGACCUCUUGGACUGAAAUGCUUUGUUACUCUUCUGACCCUGGCUUUUGAAGGAGGAACCAGAAACUUUGCCCCUCUGCUGCCAUAAGCCAGAGGGAAGCUGACCAUCUGGACAAAGGACUCUGAUACCGAAUGUGAGCAGAUAGACUGCAUUUCAAAAUGCUUCAGUUUUUCUGGAUGAACCCUGUGAUCAAAUAUAAUAUGCAUGUACCCUUUUAAAAAGCUCUACAUUUCAUCAGAGAAUAUUUGUAGAAAUGAAAAUGAAGACAUUUCUGAAGAUCAUUUAAACGUUUCCAAUUAUGUCUGUGAACUAAAGGAUAGUUUUUUAAUAGAUUAAUCUUAAACACUUUUUUAAAAGCAUCAGUAACAAUAGCUGUAAGAGUCUGUUACUUUUCUUUAAAAAAAAAGCAACUAAGGACAUUUAUGGAAGGAAACAUUCAAUAUGCAUUUUCUGAAACUAAAAGCGAGAGACAAGAACAGAUUUAAAAGAAAACAAAUGAAGAUGCAUGGUAAAUAAAAAUUAGAUUUUGCUGUGGUAACGACAAGUGAUGUUAAACCCUUUGCUAGCACUUGGUUGUUUUCCUAACGACACAGCUUUUUUUUUUGAUAAAGGGGCUGAUAUUUAGGGGGAAGGACUAGUUACUCAUAAAGUUCCUAGCUGAAGAACUUGUAAUCAUUGGCAUGUGUGGCUUAAAAGGGAAAAUAAGCACGAAGCUUUUAAAUAAGUCAGAAAGUGAAAAAAAAAAUUUUUUUACUGCUAUAAUUUUUAAGAGCCUCAAUAUAACAUUUAAAAUAAAUUGACAGCCAUUUCAAAAGAUUUAAAGAAAGGCAGAUGUCCGCAAACAACUCCCCUCCAUCGGCACAGAAGUCUCUCUCACCUGCAUCUCUCUCUGCCGUGCUUGCAACUCCCUCUCCAUGUUCAAGUCCCAAGACAGGACCCUCUGGCCGUCUCUCCAAUGGAAGCUUCAGCACGCCAUCGCUUAGCAAUUCCAGAGGCUCAGUGCAUGCAAUAUCGUUUCUGCUGCAAAUUGGUCUUACGAGGGAGAAUGUUACCAUUGAGGCCCAGGAGUUGUCUUUAUCUGCGGUAAAGGAUCUAGUCUGCUCAAUAGUUUAUCAAAAGUUCCCAGAAUGUGGUUUUUUUGGCAUGUAUGACAAAAUUCUUCUCUUUCGCCAUGACCUGAAUUCAGAAAAUAUUUUACAGCUGAUUACCUCAGCAGAAGAGAUACAUGAAGGAGAUCUUGUAGAAGUUGUUUUGUCAGCUUUGGCUACAGUAGAAGAUUUCCAGAUCCGUCCACAUGCACUCUAUGUGCAUUCUUACAAAGCACCUACUUUUUGUGACUAUUGUGGUGAAAUGCUUUGGGGAUUGGUACGCCAAGGAUUAAAGUGUGAAGGCUGUGGAUUAAACUACCAUAAACGAUGUGCCUUCAAGAUUCCAAAUAAUUGUAGUGGAGUAAGAAAGAGACGUUUGUCCAAUGUAUCUCUGCCAGGACCUGGCCUCUCUGUUCCAAGACCCAUUCAAACAGAAUGUGCAGUGUCUCCCAAUGAAGAGGCACAUGUUCACCAAGAACCAAGUAAGAGAAUUCCCUCCUGGAGUGGACGCCCAAUCUGGAUGGAGAAGAUGGUCAUGUGUAGGGUGAGAGUUCCGCAUACAUUUGCUGUGCAUUCUUACACUCGCCCCACAAUAUGCCAGUACUGCAAGCGGCUACUCAAAGGCCUUUUUCGCCAGGGAAUGCAGUGUAAAGAUUGCAGAUUUAAUUGUCAUAAGCGCUGUGCAUCAAAAGUACCUAGAGACUGUCUCGGGGAGGUGACUUUCAAUGGAGAGCCUUCCAGUUUGGGAACAGAUAUGGAUAUGCCAAUGGACAUUGACAGUAGUGACAUGAACAGUGAUAGUGGUCGGGGUUUGGAUGACCCAGAAGAACCAUCUCCACCAGAAGACAAAAUGUUCUUCUUAGAUCCCUCUGAUCUUGAUGUAGAAAGAGAUGAAGAAGCUGUCAGAACUAUCAGUCCAUCAACGAGCAAUAAUAUUCCACUAAUGAGAGUUGUACAGUCCAUCAAGCACACAAAGAGGAAAAGUAGUACAAUGGUGAAAGAAGGUUGGAUGGUGCACUAUACCAGCAGAGACAAUUUGAGAAAGAGACAUUACUGGAGGCUUGAUAGCAAAUUCCUUACAUUAUUUCAAAAUGAAUCUGGAUCAAAGUAUUAUAAGGAAAUCCCACUUUCAGAAAUUCUCCGCGUGUCUCCUCCACAAGAUCUCUCUCACAUUUCUCAUGGUAGUAACCCACACUGUUUUGAGAUCAUCACUGAUACGAUGGUCUACUUUGUGGGUGAGAACAAUGGAGGCAGCUGUCACAGUCCGGUCCUGGCGGCUACGGGAGUGGGGCUCGAUGUAGCCCAGAGCUGGGAAAAGGCCAUUCGUCAGGCUCUCAUGCCAGUCACCCCUCAAGCGAGUGUUUGUACUUCUCCGGGCCAAGGAAAAGAUCACAACGAGUUGUCUGUUAGCAUCUCUGUUUCUAACUGCCAGGUCCAGGAGAAUGUGGAUAUCAGUUCUGUAUAUCAGAUCUUUGCUGAUGAGGUCUUGGGUUCAGGACAGUUUGGUAUUGUAUAUGGAGGAAAACAUAGAAAGACUGGACGGGAUGUGGCUAUUAAAGUGAUUGAUAAGAUGAGAUUCCCCACAAAACAGGAAAGCCAGCUUCGUAAUGAAGUGGCCAUUCUGCAGAAUUUGCACCAUCCUGGGAUCGUAAAUCUGGAAUGUAUGUUUGAGACCCCAGAACGAGUCUUUGUAGUCAUGGAAAAGCUACAUGGAGAUAUGCUAGAAAUGAUUCUUUCUAGCGAAAAAAGCCGGCUUCCUGAGCGAAUUACUAAAUUCAUGGUCACACAGAUACUUGUUGCUUUGAGGAACUUACAUUUUAAGAAUAUCGUGCACUGUGAUUUAAAACCAGAGAAUGUGCUGCUAGCCUCAGCAGAGCCGUUCCCUCAGGUAAAGCUGUGUGACUUUGGCUUUGCACGCAUCAUAGGUGAAAAGUCCUUUAGGAGAUCUGUGGUGGGAACUCCAGCAUACUUAGCACCUGAAGUUCUCAGGAGCAAAGGUUAUAAUCGUUCUCUGGAUAUGUGGUCAGUGGGAGUUAUUGUUUAUGUGAGCCUUAGUGGCACAUUUCCAUUUAACGAAGAUGAAGAUAUAAAUGACCAAAUUCAAAAUGCUGCAUUUAUGUACCCACCAAAUCCGUGGAAAGAAAUUUCUGGUGAAGCAAUUGAUUUAAUAAACAACUUACUUCAGGUGAAGAUGAGGAAACGCUAUAGUGUUGACAAAUCUCUCAGUCACCCCUGGUUACAGGAUUAUCAAACUUGGCUUGACCUUAGAGAAUUUGAAACACGAAUUGGAGAGCGUUACAUCACACAUGAAAGCGAUGAUGCGCGCUGGGAAGUGCAUGCAAAUGAGCACAACCUUGUGUACCCAAAGCACUUCAUUAUGGCUCCCAAUCCUGAUGAUAUGGAAGAAGAUCCUUAAGUUACCAACACGCUUAUUUAAGUAUGGAAGGUUUCCAUUUGUGAACUGAUCUGCAUAAAUGCUACUCUUGAUUAGCCUGUUGUCUGUAAGGGAUGUGAGGAAACAUGAUGUGAUAUAUGACACCAGUGCUAUAGUUUGCAAGAUUUAGGUACAGGAGAGGAGAAAUGAAGCAGAAUGAAUUCUUGUAAGCUUUCUAAAGUGUGUUAUCACAUGCAGUCAUAAUUAGUUUUUGUAUUUUUCUAUAACCUCAGUUACUGUUGUUUUCUGGCAUUUAAAUGCACUCUCCCUUUUUCAGUUUUUACAUUAUGGAAAACCAAGCUAGUAACAGAUUGUUUGCCUGAUCAAGUUAGCACAAGUAGCAAAAUUUGGAUCUAGUUUAAAAGACUGGUUAUCGGACAGGCUUGCAUUUAAGAGAUCAUUGGGAAACGGUGAGCAUAUGAUUUGCUAUUGACUCUAGACAUUUAUUUGACUGAUCCUUGUAGGAGUUGAAGAUUUUCCCCUGUAUGUGUAAAAAAGGGGGUUACUUGAUUCACUUUUCUUUCAAAAGUGAAUCAAACUUUUAAAUCAGUGAUUCCCAACCUUUCUGGAGUUGUGACACUGUAUAUACUACAUGGCAAAUAAUUUUUAAAUUAGUGGAUUAAUUUUGCUUUGAAAAUUUUGUACCACCUUGUGAGAUAAUGGAAUCUACAUGGGUGUUUCAAAACCAAGAUUACAAAGCAUUGAUCUAAAUGCCAGGUUGGCAGUAGACUCUUACAGCCUGGCUCUGGCUGCUAAAUAUUCCCGUUCUUAUUAACAUUUAGUCUCCUACUUGGGAGUCUAACUUUCAUUUAGCACAGUUCUAUUUAUCAGGUUACUAUCACACAGGUUUGACUAAAGUAAGAGAAGGGAUGAGUGUGUUAAAUAUUCACUAAUGUUAUUGAUAGGUGAAAGUUUUAAGUAACAACCAAACCAGUCUUCUCCUUUGUAUUCCCUGUAAUAUGGAGGGUCGUACAGCUCUUUAGACUUUUUAACUGAAGUACACCUCUAAGUGAUUGAAACAGCAAACACCUUCUGUUAAUUGUAAAGUCACCUUUUUUGUCUCUUUAACACUUAAUUAUCCCAGGCAGCUCACCUGAUCCUGGGGUGUAGCCAGGGCUGUGCUAGAGCCUGCUCUGACCCAGUUGUUAUAUUUUCAGUGUUAGCAUUUACACCUUGGAAAUUGGCAAAUGCUACAAAUUAGGGCUCAGGCUUACUGUUUUGUUGAUUGUGACUUACUUAAGAAAGUGAUAGAGAAAAUAUUAAUAAUGCAAUUAAAUUUAAAAGUACCAUGGACAUAGUUUCCCCCCCAACCCACCCCAAUAACCAGUUGUUAAACAUUUACCAGCGCACCCUAGGGUAUAACCCACUUGGGGUGUUUUUUUGCCAAAUUUUUUAAUGUAAUUAACCAGUACAUAUAAAAUAGCAUCUUAGGAUGUCCUCAACACACCUUCCAGCAGCUACCAUUGUACAACUGUCACCAGAUGUCCUAGCAGUCUUGGACCAAUUAAUUGUAAUAAAUAAAUUCAUACAGCUUAUACUUGUGAAUUUCUGAUCAUAAUUUCAUAGAUUUAGAGCUUGAAAACACCUCAGAGGAGGUCUAGUACAACCCCCUCAUUGCACAGAUGGGGAAGCUGGGGGCAGAGAGAUAAGUGAUCUGCCUCCACUCACACAGGGAGGAUAGUAAGUAGUGAGCUAGAGCUCAUCCCAUCCUCUGAUUCCAAAGUCUGCCUGCAUUUCCUCUGUUCCACCUUGCCUCUCUGUGGUCCCCACCAAUAGCUGUUAAUAGCCCUAACUUAAAUGGCAAGACUAUAGGCUGCAUGGGCAAAAGAAGGCACUUCUCACUUCUCAUUUCAGGUGUGGCCCUCCACUCCAGCAGGCUGAUGAGAGCAAGAACAGCUGUUUUACUGCCCAGAUGUGCACUUGUUCUCUAAUCGUGUGGCUUCAGGCCUUUAAGUUGUCAUCUGUAGCAUGCUCAAGUAAUUAAGAAAAAAAACAACACACCAAUCUACAAGAAAUCUAAUCACUUUACUUUAUGAUAUCUAAUGUUCCAUAGUAGCUACCGUGAAGAUUUCUUUUGAAUUCUGAAGUACAGACUGUUGUGACAAGUCCAGCUGCAUUUAAGGGGACAGAGGAAUUUUCUAGUACAUUCACAGAACCAUGAAACUGGAAGGAAGCCUAAAAAACCAUUGCUGUAUCUUCCCCUCACUAAGCGAGGGAGUGCCCUGAACAUGGUCUUUAAAGAUUUCUGAUCCAUUCUGAAACAUCUCUGGGUGACCUCCCUCUGUAAUUCUUACAAACUAUCCACAUUAAUGUAGAGACAAAAAAAAAAAGGUGUUAAAAAAAAAAAAAACUUUUGCACCGGCUAAAUAUAUAAUGUUAUAUUU